GCGCUCUGUGGGAGCUGCUCUCAAGAGCUGAAUGCAGCUAAGGAGAUGGUUACAACUGACAUGGGUACUUUGAGGGAACCUGAGGCCAUUUCUGCCUUGGGCAAGUACUUUUCUGAGGCCAGGCCAUUGCUCACGGUAAGAGAUUCUCUGAGGGAGCCUGAAGUCACCAGCCACCAUGACAGUGAGGGGGGCUGCACUGGCCCCAGACCCCGCAUCACCCACAACUGCAGCCGCUUCGCCCAGUGUCUCCGCCACCCCUGAGGGCAGCCCCACCGCCAUGGAGCAGCCCGUGUUCCUGAUGACCACCGCUGCCCAGGCCAUCUCCGGCUUCUUUGUGUGGACAGCCCUGCUUAUCACCUGUCACCAGAUCUACAUGCACCUGCGCUGCUACAGCCGCCCCAACGAGCAGCGCUACAUCGUGCGCAUCCUCUUCAUCGUGCCCAUUUACGCCUUCGACUCGUGGCUCAGCCUCCUCUUCUUCACCAACGACCAGUACUACGUGUACUUCGGCACCGUCCGCGAUUGCUAUGAGGCCCUGGUCAUCUAUAACUUCCUGAGCCUGUGCUACGAGUACCUGGGAGGAGAGAGCUCCAUCAUGUCCGAGAUCAGGGGGAAGGCCAUCGAGUCCAGCUGCAUGUACGGCACAUGCUGCCUCUGGGGAAAAACCUACUCCAUCGGAUUCCUACGCUUCUGCAAACAGGCCACCCUGCAGUUCUGCGUGGUGAAGCCCCUCAUGGCUGUCAGCACCGUUGUCCUCCAGGCCUUCGGCAAGUACCGGGAUGGUGACUUCGAUGUCACCAGCGGCUACCUCUACGUGACCAUCAUCUACAACAUCUCCGUCAGCCUGGCCCUUUACGCCCUCUUCCUCUUCUACUUCGCCACGCGGGAGCUGCUCAGCCCCUACAGCCCUGUGCUCAAGUUCUUCAUGGUCAAGUCCGUCAUCUUUCUCUCCUUCUGGCAAGGCAUGCUGCUGGCUAUCUUGGAGAAGUGUGGGGCCAUUCCCAAGAUCCACUCGGCCCGUGUGUCUGUGGGUGAGGGCACCGUGGCAGCCGGCUAUCAGGACUUCAUCAUCUGCGUGGAAAUGUUCUUCGCAGCCUUGGCCCUGCGGCACGCCUUCACCUACAAGGUCUAUGCUGACAAGAGGCUGGAUGCGCAAGUGCCAACAUACGGCCCUUACGGCCGCUGUGCUCCCAUGAAGAGCAUCUCCAGCAGCCUCAAGGAGACCAUGAACCCACAUGACAUCGUUCAGGACGCCAUCCACAACUUCUCGCCCGCCUACCAGCAGUACACGCAGCAGUCCACGCUGGAGCCGGGGCCUACCUGGCGCGGCGGUGCCCACGGCCUCUCCCGCUCCCACAGCCUCAGCGGCGCCCGUGACAAUGAAAAGACGCUGCUGCUCAGCUCUGAUGACGAAUUCUAGGUGCGGGCGCUGGAAGGAGUGGCCUCAGCUUUGCCCUUGCCCUUUAUUUAUUGGACCAGAAAGAAACACUCACAUAUCUCUUCCAGAGGAACCAGGCCUAGGCUGUCUGCACCAGGGGCAGCCCAGACUCCCCACAGGCCUCCAGGAAUAUGUAGAUGUGGCCAGCCCUGGGGUUGGAGCAGAGGACAUUGGCCGCAGUUCCAUGCUUCUGCUGCCCACUCUGCACUGGGGAUACCCCAGUACCAGCCAUGCCUGGGCCCAAAUGCUUGUGUGUGGACCAGCAGCUACAGCCUAAGCCCCCUCCCCAACAAGACAUAGCCUACCCCCACACCGUGCAAUACCCCAACCUCGGCUCUUCGCGUGUGUGCCCCACCUUGUCUGUGAGAUCUGCCUGGCUCCAGGCAGAGGGACAUGGAUGCUCUGGGGACUCCCUCCCAAUUCAGGACUGGCAUGCUGCAAGCAUCAGAGCCAGGCCCCAGGAGCCUUGGGACCCAGCUAGUAAGGGGCGUCAGUGCCUGUAGGUCCUUCUGGUGAAGCAGGGGCCUCCGGACCCCUGGUGUCCUCACUGUGGCCACUCUGCCUGCCUCCUACCCUUCCUUCUGGCCUGCCAAGGAUAGCCAGCAGCCCAUACUGCCCUCUCACUUAGGUCCUGCUCUUGAUAGGUGGGGUAGAGCCCCCCCCCCCCACUUCCUGACUGCUCCAGGGGCUCCUCCAUGGAGCAGCCAGAGCCUCUGCUGGUCCUGGCCUCUCCCCAAGGCUUCUCCCUCCUAGGUCAGGGGAAGGUCUGAGCCUCCACAUUCCUGAAACCUCAGGGAUGCCAGGAGGGAUUGCCAUGUAGUGGAGGCUGAGGUAGGGCAUAAUCCCAGAAAAUCCCCCACCCCACCCCUGGGUCCUCUGGCUACAUGGGGCCCCAGCCCAUCUCUUCUGUGCCUUAGUCAAAUACGAAAGCCCCCUUCCAAGUCCCCACUGGCCCAGGCACCUCGGGGGUUCUUGUUAAGCUGCUGGCACUCAGGAUCCUGCAACACUGGGCCAGGCACGCUUGGCCAGGCCUCAGGAAUGGCUGGGACCACCCAUCCCCUCCCCUAGCCUCUGCACACCCAUAUCCCAAGCCUCUUUCCAGGGCCAGAGCCCCAGGCAGGUGAGCCUGUGCCAGUCACUGGCCUAAGAAGAAACUUCAAGGGAGGACAGCACAUACUCCUCGUGCGGGCAGAGCUCCCGGCAAGUGGACCCGGGCAGUGCCUGGGUCAGAGUUGCUGUAGCCUUGAGAAGAGGGUGGAGUGAGGGAGCAGGAAGGGGCCGGCUCUGUGACCUUCCUUUGGUACUCCUAGAACCAACAGGCUCCCUCGCUGGGCUCUGUGGGGAGGGUCCUCAUGGGACACUUGCAUCCCAGCAACAUUCCCUGCCUUCUUCCUUCUUUCGUUGUGACCCAGAGGCCUGCAUGUGGGCUACCACAGGGCCAGCUUUCAGUCCCACCUAGUCCUGAGCUGUCCAGGAUGGUGGCUGGCGGGUGUGAGCCCUUUCGGGAGUGACUCUGGCUCCCUCCCACGUCUGCUCACCAGUCUGUUUCUGACUCUUCCUCUCCUCUUAGGCCAAAGCGUGCAGCUGAUUCCUGUCCCCACGGGCCCUGCCCACCCUGGCCUGGCCUCGGGGUGCUCAGUGGCAGGGAACUAGUGGUUCCCAAUGACAUGGGAUGGGAACCUGUGCCCGACUGCGAUUUCCUCCUCCAUAGGAUGCAUAACCUAUCUUGUCUCUCUUUUUUUUAAAUUUUUUUUUUCCAGAUAGAGUAGCUCUUUGUACAUAAAAAAUACUUGAAAAUUAAUUGUAUGAUGUAUGAAAGGACAGAGUCCCCUAGUUUUGUAUCUCGUCGUAUGACUGCCAUGAGUUCCAUCAGAAAGCCGCUCUAUUUUGGUCUCUGUGACAUUUUAAAUGCGUGACAGAAAUGAGCAAAUAAAAUGAGAAAGAAAUAUAUAUGAAAUAAUAUAGAUUGUAUUGAAAUCUC